AUGGCUGAUACAAACAGAUUUGAUCAGUUAACAGUGAGGAGAUUUCAGUCGACUGUUGAUUCCAUGUUGCAUAUUUUGAAUAAAAUGUCACCAGCAGAAAUCUGUUAUGCAUAUAAAUUAUUAAAUCAUUUGUGUGAAUCCACAAUGGAAUUACUUGUAAAUAAAUUAAUUCGAAAUCAAGUUGAAUAUCUACUCAAUAAUGAAGUGAAUAAACAACUUUUCAAUUGGAUACAUUUAACACUUUCAACAAGUUGUGCUAAAAAUGAGGCGAUACCGGUGGUAAACACGAGUAAAAGUGAGCACAAUUCUGUUCUUCAGUUCUAUGAAACCUCACCUACGGUUACAGAGGAGGAGUCGAAGACGAAUAACGCUGUACUCAGUAGAAGUAUGUCAUCUGAUAGUUGUCCAAUGGAUUUAAGUCAGAAAGUGUCAUCAUCUAGUCAUUUUGACAGAUCAAGAGAACUAAUCAACAAUGAUUCCAGUAGAUUGGCAAAUGUGCAGCGUAGAAAUGAGUACAACUGUGGAACGCAAAAGAAUGAUAGAAGACAAAGCCAAACAGAGAUAAUAAUGAAGACACCAAAUCAAAUGACGUCAUUGAUCCAACUAAUAAUCCUAAUGUUGCUGAUGACGUGA